GAUUUGUAAAUCCUAGAGCAAGGUUCUGCCUACCCGAGGCCACUGCUGGGUGGAGACCCUGGGGGAAGCCACUGUCACCAUGUCUGACCAGGAGGCAAAACCUUCAACUGAGGACUUGGGGGAUAAGAAGGAAGGAGAGAACACUAAACUCAAAGUCAUCAGACAGGAUAGCAGUGAGAUUCACUUCAAGGUGAAAAUGAUGACGCAUCACAAGAAACUCAAAGAAUCAUACUGUCAAAGGCAGGGAGUUCCCAUGAAUUCACUCAGGUUUCUCUUUGAAGGUCAGAGAAUUGCUGACACUCACACUCCAAAAGAACUGGGAAUGGAGGAAGAAGAUGUGAUUGAAGUUUAUCAGAAACAAAUAGGGGCAUUCAAUGGGUCUGGACCAAAAGAACAGGAAUAUCAGGUUGGAGUCAAGAUGACAGAGGUGGUGAGAAUAAUGACUAACUCCAAAGAUGGCUUCACUGCAGAGAAAGCAUUUUAA